GUCUGAGGGCGUUUUUUCUAGCUUAGCACCAGAGAUUUCUGGGUGGUGGCUGCUUGUUUUUACAAGUUUGGAAUUCCACCAAGUUAUUGUUGAGGACACUGAUUUGAGGGAAUUCUCCUAAUUUACAAACUAUCGUAACUUGGGGCCUCCAAUCGAGGCUUCAAACCUUGUUUUUCCCCGUUGGAGUAACAAAAGAGUGGUUUACCAGCUAACCGAUAAGCUACUAUUUUAGCUAGCUAGCUUGCUAGUUGAGAGAGGCUUCAGAUGCAGGCCAUCAAGUGUGUUGUAGUGGGGGACGGAGCUGUGGGUAAAACAUGCCUGCUCAUCAGCUACACCACCAACGCGUUCCCCGGGGAAUACAUCCCCACAGUCUUUGACAACUACUCUGCCAAUGUGAUGGUAGAUGGGAAACCAGUGAAUCUGGGUCUAUGGGAUACAGCAGGACAGGAAGACUACGACAGACUCAGACCACUGUCCUAUCCACAAACGGAUGUGUUUUUGAUCUGUUUCUCUCUCGUGAGUCCUGCCUCCUUUGAAAACGUCCGUGCCAAGUGGUACCCAGAGGUGAGACACCACUGCCCCAACACCCCAAUCAUCCUGGUGGGCACCAAGCUGGAUCUGAGAGACGACAAGGACACCAUCGAGAAGCUGAAGGAGAAGAAACUCACCCCCAUCACCUACCCCCAGGGCCUGGCCAUGGCAAAAGAGAUUGGAGCAGUAAAGUACCUGGAAUGCUCAGCUUUGACACAGCGUGGCCUUAAGACAGUGUUUGACGAAGCCAUCCGGGCGGUCUUGUGUCCCCCGCCCGUCAAGAAGAGGAAGAGGAAGUGCUCACUACUCUAAACGCUGCAGACAGGAAGGAGGAAGUCACACUGCAGUCUGAGCUCACCUGUUGGUUGGGGGGAGGAAGAAGAAGAGGGUGGGGGAGUAUCUUAGGAGGAAGGGGGAGGAUUCUACAAAAAGUAUCCAGAUGUCAUUUUUUUAGUACAUAGUACUUAAAUAUGAUUGAUUUUAUUAUACAAAUCCUAGAAUUAGAGCUUUGUGAAAUUCCUGCUGCCUUCUAAAAAAUGUACUUGUUUUUUUAUGUUCCUGGAAGAUAAUACUAAUUGCUCUUUUCAAUUUUUGUCUCUUUCCACUCUUCUCAAGAGUCCAUAUUGUUUGUUUACAGACUUCAAUCAAUUGUGUAGAAUUGAGGUGUUGCCAAAAUUCCUACCGCAUAUAAUGGUCAUCACUUUCUAGUAGCUCCAUGAACACUAAAUGGAAUGAUUUCUUCUUAUUCUUGUGUUUUUUCUCUUUUGUACCAGAUGUGCGACCAUCAUUUACUAAAUCUUAAAAGAAUGUUUUAAAUAGUUCAAGAGAAAUGGAAGUAAACUCAAAAAAAUUAAAAAAAGCAUAGUGUUGUAGUAGUAUCGUCUAUGUUCUAUAGUCAUACUCUAUGUAGAUCAAGUGAAUUUAGAUAAAUCUUUUCUCGUCAGGUGGAUUUUAUCCAUCCUCAAAUAAAUCGUCAAAACAACUGUCAAUAAUGGAUAAUAGCUAUCACUUUAUACCUAGGUGGAUUAAAUGCUUAUUAGAUCCAGCUAAAUAUCCACUUACAGUACUUGGUGCUCCCCCUUGAUCUGAGAAAAUAUCCAGUAUUUUACAUUCUACAGGUGUCUAUAGAAAAUAUGUAUAGGAGAACCUGUUAGUCAGAAAGAGGAUGGAGAAUGGUUCUUUAUCAGACCAAUUUAGAUGGAUCCCUCUUGUUGGAUUAAACAACGGUUUCACAAACCGUGUUUUCUGUACAUAAACACAAAAUACAUCCAUCGUACGAGUAUUGUUAGUAAUGGAACUGUAGUGUGUAGUCUGUCAGCUUUACACUCCAAACACCUGCGUGCGUCAUAACUUUUUUGUUAUAGGCCUGUUUGUUAUACGGUAGAAUCUAGGCUUGUAUUCAACUUCAUUCCCUUUAAGAACUGAUUCUGUCAGCAGUUGCCAUCUAUCCAGUCCUUUACAAAGGUCUAGUUCUAGUGUGAAGAAUCUGGAGUUUGUUUGCUACUCGAAACGUAGUUGUCGUGAACUCGUUUUAACAUUAAGCUUUGUCAUCAUUAACAUCAUGAUGCUAUGUAAACGUCAUCAGAGCUACCUAUUACUAGUCUGGGAAACGGUCUUUUUAGCGAACAUUCCACUCCUUGCCACUCCUUCCAUUUGGCCGAUGGCAGGAGUGGCAAUGAAUGGAAUGUAAUAGCUGAACAGAGACUGCAACCAUGCUAACCUAUGACUGUAUCUCACUAAAAACUGAGCAAUUUAAAAUAAUUCAGAAGAAGUUGAACUGACCAUGUGUUCUUUGUCUGUUAUACUGUAGCUUAUAAUUGCUGUAUUUAAAAUAUACAGUAGUUCAGUGAUAUACCUACCAGUGACUAUUUUCAAAGUAUUAUUUUUAAUUUGAACUGAGUGAGGCUGUUGUUCUGAGCUAUUACCAGUGUUAACGGCACAAUGAAAGAAAUGAUACACUUGAUUUUUCUUCUGGCUAAAUGUGGUUUUAUUUUGACAUGAUAAUAUAGUAGUUCAUCUGCUGAUUAUUUUUUUUUAAGCCAAUAAAUUCAUUUAAAAUCUC